AUGAAGGAUAAGGAAAAGGGCAGAGAUGUCAAGAACUUCAGACCAAUCUUGCCUCUGAUGUGGAAGUUGCUAACUGGUGUGUUAUCAGAGAUGUACAAGCACCUAGAAGAGAAUGAAUUACUACCAGAUGAACAGAAAGGGUGCCGGAAAAGAUCAAGGGGAACAAAAGACCAACUGUUAAUUGAUAAGGGGAUAAUCAGAAACUGCAAAAGAAGAGGAACAGGUUUAGGAAUGGCUUGGAUAGACUACAAGAAAGCCUUUGAUAUGGUACCACACUCGUGGCUAGUGGAAAGUAUGGAGUUGUUCGGGGUAGCCAGUAACAUGAAACAUCUAAUCUCAAGAAGUAUGGAGGAAUGGAAACAGAACUUACCUCCACAUGCAAAACCCUUGAGGAAGUUAACAUCAAAAGGGUUUUUUUUCAAGGCGACAGCCUAUCUCCGUUGCUAUUUGUAG